AUGAAGAGCAUCUUCUUGGUGCUUGGCACUGUGAGCGGCCUGUCCUCCAAGGGCUGGGAAUUUCCUCCCGAUCCCGCCAAAGUCGCUUUGCCCGCAGUGCCCGCGGUACGAAAUGCCGGAAAAGACGGCAUGCCGGAGCUGCCAUCUUUGGAUGACAUCAUGAGCCCCACCUCCCAAACCAUGUUUGGCAUCCGCUCCAAAGCCAAACAGCUCGAGGCGAAGAUGCUCAAGAUCGAGCAUGAGAACAGCCUGCGCCUCCAGCGCCAGAAGGCGGUCUUCGACCGCAAGUUGAAGGAGCAAGAAGCCAAGAACCAAGGUGUGGCCAAGGAGAAUGCCGAUCUGGCCAAGAGCAUCAUGCAGCUGAAGCAGAAGAACGAGGGCACCCUCGCCAAGUCCAAGACGCUGCGCGAGGCCAUCGCGCUGCGCAAGUCGGAGGUCAAGAACAUGCAGGAGCAGCUCGCGGCCGUGCAGCAAUACAUGGUGGAGAUGUUGCAAGACACAGAGGAGAGCAAGGCGCCGGAGCUCGCGAUCUUGGACCAGGUGAAGGAGUCCGAGAGACCCGGCCUCUCGGGCCUCUCCUUCCUUGAGGUGGACGAGGAGCCCGAGGAGGCCCUGCCGGACAAGGCAGAGGGAGGAGAGCCAGAGAACCCGGAGAACCUCCUUGGUGUGCUUGCAGACGGCGUGAAGAACAUGAAGCAGCAGGGGGCGGUGACCUCCAAUCGCUUGAAGUCGCUCUUCUUGUCCAGCUUGCAGGAUGGCGUGAAGCGUCGGAAGGCCCUGAAGGCGCAGCAGAAGGUCUUGCAGCAGACGAUGACCACCAUGAAGUCCUACGAGGCACGGCUCGGAAAGGCCGAGGAGCGCCUGACCUCGACCAAGCAGACCUUGGACAAGCACCUCCAUGACGCGGGGCUCUUCCUCAAGAAGCUCUCGCAGCUUCUGCUUGCGAAGCCGGAAGAUGGCCAGAGAGAGCUGGCGGCCCUGCAGACAAGCCAUUCCCUCUGUUCACCUGGGUACCGCCUGCAGGGCUCCCGAGGCGUGAAGAGAAAAUUGGGUGGGAGGCACACAUCGAAGACUGAGUCCCUCCAAGAUCUGAAUGCCAGACGCCGGCUGGAUGUCGAGAGGCAGCUGACUCGGAUUUUCGUGCCCAUCCCGCGUCCGCACGAGCACCUUCCACUCUACUGCCAGCGGCUCAAUGCAGAUCUCACUGUCACCACGAGGCAGGUGCGGAAGAAUAAGGCUGCAAAACCUGAGCAGAUUUUGUUUGUGGAGAUUGACAGCGCCCAUCAGCUGGAGAUGCUGACGCUGUGCAACCAUUACUCCUCGCUAAUGCGACCUUUCGUGCAAGCAGGUGAAACCGAGAUCGGCGCAAUCUUGACACGGCCUGCCUUCUGCAGAAUGUUGAUCGAGCUCGCCUUUGCUGAUACCCACGGGGGCAUCAUGUAUCACACCGCCAUCGACAUCUUCGACGGCCUAGCUGCCCAGCACUCCGUAAAAGGCUCGCCGCUCACGGGGGCGACUGUCCUUGGCAUCCCGGUCGACGACCACAGCGAUCGGAUCAUUGGGCUUUUUGCCAACAUCUUGGCACAAGCCGCUCGCGAGAGCAAGCACGGCGUGACGGCCGAUGAGUUCAAGGCGCAUCUUUUCGAUUGCCUUAUGCCAGCUGCAGAGCGGAAGUUUCGCCGGAGGCAGAGACACAUCGCCGCGCAGCUGGCGUAUGGCAAGGACAUCUACCGGAUGCCGCUGGGGGCAACCGGGCCUCAAAUGGAAGAAGAGCUGGACGUCCUGGAGGGGAAGGCAGACAAGGGCGAUCCUUUCGCCCGGAACGCGACCAAGACUCGUUCCAACAACGGGCGCGACAUCCAGGAGGGCUUCAGCCUGCCACCGGCAGUGACACAAAGCUGGCCGAUGGCGCGGCACAGGUCCAGCGGAGGCAUCCCUCCUGCGGUAGAGAUCGACGCUCGGAACAUCUCGAAAGGGACGACGAGUUGGUCGGAGGAACAAAGUGAGGUUAUGUCUCCCGUGAAUCGUGACGACUUGAGCGUCAUCUCAGAGCCCGAGGAAGAUGACGAUGGUAACCAGGAGCCCAAGAGCAUGGUGCACCUUGUGACCGGAACCUAUGGGGAGUACUUAUAG